CCAAAACAGAAGAUUCUAUUGGAUACAAGAAACAAAAUCCCGCCUCCGCACAGCAUUCUCUGGCAUUUUCACGGACCUACGGUUUUCCUAUUGGCCAAACAAUAGUAACGCUGUACAACAAACAAGCUACUAGUAGGGUGGAAAUCUGUCGGGAUGGAUGCAGCUACCCUCACGUACGACACACUUCGCUUCGGAGAGUUUGAAGAUUUCCCAGAGACCUCAGAGCCAGUGUGGAUCUUAGGGAAACAGUUCAACGCGCUGACAGAAAAAGAUGAUAUUUUGUCUGAUGUUACAUCGAGACUUUGGCUCACGUACAGAAAAAACUUCCCUCCCAUCGGAGGAACAGGGCCCACGUCGGACACUGGCUGGGGCUGUAUGCUGCGGUGCGGCCAGAUGAUCCUCGGAGAGGCUCUGAUUUGCAGGCAUUUAGGCAGAGACUGGAGGUGGGUGAGGGGACAGCAACAGAGAGAGGAGUAUGUCAGCAUUCUUAACGCUUUCAUCGACAAGAAGGACAGCUACUAUUCCCUUCAUCAGAUUGCCCAGAUGGGGGUCGGAGAGGGGAAGUCUAUAGGCCAGUGGUACGGACCCAACACUGUGGCACAGGUCCUCAAGAAACUGGCUGUGUUUGACACGUGGAGCCGGCUGGCUGUACAUGUAGCGAUGGACAACACCGUGGUGAUCGAGGAGAUCAAGCGGUUGUGUAUGCCGUGGCUGGACUUCGGGGGAGCAGCGUGUGCCGAGCCAGGGGGAGCAGGGGAGCUGAACGGGGGGCUGGAGGGGGCCUGUGCCCUGGCGGAGGAGGAGACGGCUCUCUGGAAGCCCCUGGUGCUGCUGAUCCCCCUGCGCCUGGGUCUGACGGACAUCAACGAGGCCUACAUAGAGACCCUGAAGCAAUGCUUCAUGCUGCCUCAAUCCUUGGGGGUUAUCGGUGGGAAACCAAACAGUGCACAUUACUUCAUAGGCUAUGUAGGGGAGGAGCUGAUCUACUUGGACCCCCACACCACCCAGCCUGCAGUGGAGCCCUGUGGGGAUGGACAGGUCCCAGACGACAGCUACCACUGCCAGCACCCGCCCUGCCGCAUGCACAUCUGUGAGCUGGACCCUUCCAUCGCUGCGGGUUUCUUCUGCAGAACGGAGGACGACUUUGAUGACUGGUGCAUGCGCAUCAGGAGGCUGUCCUGCAGAGGAGGAGGUCUACCCAUGUUUGAGCUGAUCAACAGUCAACCUUCUCACCUGACCACGCUGGAUGUGCUCAACCUCACUCCUGAUUUCUCAGAGUCAGGUCGGCUGGAGAGGUUUUUUGACUCGGAGGACGAGGAGUUUGAGAUUUUGUCUCUCUGAAAACGAGGGGACGAUUACGGUUUGCUCUCCUGGUGGAACCCGGAGGAACCCGGAGGAUCUCUGCAUCAAAAGGGAAGUGGAACUGGUGACCUCGCCGCUCAGUUUGGCUCCAGAAUGGCGUUACGUUGUCGUGUUUCACAGCGUCCUUGGAAACCGCCACCGCCCGGCCUGCAGUCCUGCCAGGAGACAUCCGGAUGAGGCCCUGACAGCAGGGCGCAGGACUAAUUCAAUAUGCACAUUGUCACAAUGCGUUUCCAUGAUUUUCUUUUGAGUCUUAACACUUUAAAUGUUUAUUUUAAAGUGAUAUAUUGUGCCUUUCCCUGUACCCCCAAAGCAGAAUUGCAAUAUGUGAUGGUGUUUUGUCAAGAACUUGGUUAGAUAGCGAUGCAUACUGGCUUACUGCUAUGCCUCCUGGCUUAUACAGUAAGUGAACGAUAUCUUCAAUAUUUAUCAAUUGAUGUAACAAGCAACCUUUACCUUUUCAAACCAAGUACAAUAACUUGUAUUAUCUCAAGCAGAAGGCACUUGUCAUGUCUAAAAUAUGUACACUAGUUCAUCAUUUUAAGAUUAUUUAUUUACUAAACGCAAUGUAAAAAGAUUAAAUCGAUCUAAGGAAUGGAAUGGUAAUAGUAAAAAUAAAACUCAGUCACGCAUA